GCCGGUUCUACUUCGGCAACGGUUAAUCUUGGCGCUGGCUUGAAUCUUCACCGAAACCUUCGCAAAGCUCUCGUCGUCCUUCAACCUCACUGAACAGCUGCAACUACACAAGCCACCUCAACUCAAUCGCUCGUCAGCAUGUCUCUCCUUGGCAAGAAAUUCCCAGCGCAGGUUGCUCGGCCAAUGGCCCCAUUCUAUAUCUCCGGCCUUGUCAUCCUCUACGGGGUCAACUCCUUCGCGAAUGCAUUGGCAUCCAGCGAUGAAUACAAGAACGACCCGCGAAACCCGGCGUUGAAGAACAAGUCCGCCAGCAGUCACUAAAUGCCGCUUCGACUGACAGGGAUGUCAGCGGGGUGAGGAUAUGAGCGUAGUGGGAUGCAAUGUACAAUAGCUGUAGGGGUGGCGGCUGGGGCUAGGAUGCAAACGGGCGAACAUACAAACUUGCAAACGCUCAGAUGGCUGUAUAGAACUAUCCGACCAAAUCACAUUCAUCUUCCGCACACGCACCUCACUGUUGAAUCCCGUUACGGGAUGCAUAUCUCGACUCACGACAACCGAGGAACCUAUUAACUAUUGUUUUGGUUCAUUCAAUUGAACCUUCGAAUCCCAACAAGUUCCAUCCGGUGGAACAUGCGAUUCAAACCUCAACAACCUCAGCCAUCUGGACUCUGCCCUGGAAUCUGCAACACAUUU